CACACAUACAAGGGGAUUAGUUUCAAGAAAUAUGGAUUCAUAUGAAGAACCUAAGAUCCCCAUCUUCGAAUUCACCGAAGCGAGCUCGACUCUUGGGUCGAGCUCGUGGAAGUCGACGUCAGAUUCAGUGAGACGUGCCUUGGAAACCUACGGGUGUAUGGUCGUUUCGAUUGAAAAGACUGGACCUGAACAACAACAUCUACAAGAGUCCUUGUUUAGUGCGUUGGAUGAGGUGUUUUCUCUCCCCGAUGAGACAAAAAGGAAAUAUACUUCUCAACUUGCAGGGUUUGGAUAUGAUGGUAGGUAUCCAAAGAUACCUCAUUUCGAGUAUUUUGGAAUUGAAGAUGAAGGAAAUUUUCAAAGGCUCAAAAACUUCACCACCCUCAUGUGGCCUCAUGGCAAUGAUAAAUUCUGCAAAACUAUAUGCUCACACGGUAAAAUAUUGCUGCAACUGAACAAGACGAUCAUGAAAAUGGUGAGCAGCAGCUACGGCUUAGAAAAACACAGCGAUUCGUCGUUUUACAUGAUCCGACUCAUUAAAUACAACUCGCCUAACUCGACCGAGUCUAGCACAGGGCUUGGACCUCACAAAGACCAGAAUUUCCUCAACGUGCUUUGCUCCAAUGAAAUCGAGGGUUUGCAGGUCCAAAAUCGCCAUGGAGAGUGGAUGGAUUUCGAGCCAUCGCCUUCCAAAUUUAUCGUCUUAGUAGGCGAAUCACUCAUGGCAUGGAGCAAUGGGAGGUUACAUAGUCCGACACAUAGGGUUAUUACAAGGGGAUUUAAGGAUAGGUAUUCUUUUGGAGUGUUUGGGUUUGUUCAUGGCCUGGUGGAAGUGCCACAAGAGUUGGUUGAUGAUCAAAAUCCUUUGAGGUUUAAACCUUUCAACAGCAUAGAUUUCCUUCAAUAUUGCAAGGAUGGUGGGCCCACCAUUGACCACGCCAUCUACUCAUAUUGUGGGAUUUGAAUACUACUCCCUCCCUCCCUCCGUCCCUUGAGCAUCACGAGAUUUUAUGCAAUUUUCAGUGGGACGGAGGGAGUACUAGUAUUU